AUGCAGACUGCUUCUACAAACAUUUGUGAAAGAAUGGGUCGCUAUCAGGAGCUCAGUGAAUUCAAGCGUGGUACCGUGAUAGGUUGUCACCUGUGCAAUAAGUCCAUCUGUGACAUUUCCUUACUACUAAAUAUUCCACGGUCAACUGUUAGUGGUAUUAUAACAAAGUGGAAGCAACUGGGAACAACAGCAACUCAGCCACGAAGUGGUAGGCCACGUAAAAUGACAGAGCGGGGUCAGCACAUGCUGAAGCGCAUAGUGCCAGAAGUUGCCAACUGUCUGCAGAGUCAAUAGCUAAACACCUCCAAACUUCAUGUAGCCUUCAGUGCAUGGAGAGCUUCAUGGAGUGGGUUUCCAUGGCCGAACAGAUGCAAGCCUUACAUCACCAAGUGCAAUGCAAAUCUUGCCUUCAGCAAGUGGAAUGCA